CAUUCCGUGAACGCAUUCCGAAACCCCCAGCCAGACUCACCCGCAUCUACCCCUCCAGUCAGUCCACGACGACUUGCCACAGACCACAUUCAUUUCGGACCCCCCUCACUUCAACGACCCGCUUGCCUCAAUCACCGGCAGCUUGUACGACGACGAACGCACCUUCUGGUCGAUUGAAUAAGGGCUCAGAGAAAGCAAGCGAGCGACGCCCUGCAGCUGCAUACAAACAGGAGAAUUAAGCGACAAAAAGGAGGGGAAUAAAGGAGAGAGCCAGGUUAUUGGGUGAAAGAGAGACUGUGAUUCUCCAAUACAGGCAAUCCUGAGCUGAAAUUCAGAAGCCGGCUUCACAGCGACAGUCUAGAGGACUUUUCUCACGCAACGGUGGAAGGGAUUUACAGCAUGGACGAAGCCAUGGAUUACGCAUACCACCAUCCGGAGCAGUCUCAGAGUCAGGCACAGAAUCCGUACGCACAGCAGCGACCACGAUGUCCUUACUUUCUUAACAGAGAAGGCCAACAGCAACUCCCUGGGAUGCCACAGCACCGCUCAACAAUGCACUACGACCCUGUUCACUCCUCAGCGAACUACACAAGUUGGCAACCUCAAGGACCACCGCUACCUGGGCCAUAUCACUGGCAACACCAACCUCAGAUGAUGAACCACCGGGGACAUCCGGCACCCCAGCACCGGCCUUCGAACUCGGCCUCUGAGGCGCCUUACUACAACCAUGUGCCUGUUCCGAACUUUGGCAAUGUGGCUGGUGGCUACUCGGGGGCACCCCCAAGCGAGAUGGUAGGCCCUCCAACCAUGCAGCCGUCGUUCCCUCAUACGCAGCUCCCUCCGGUCAGAUUCAAUUUUCCGACAGCUCUGCCAGCAGGCCAUCCGGCACAAGGCCAGCCGUUCUAUACCAGCUCUGAGAGGAACUUUGGUGGACAGAAUGCUGCACCUCGCCACAGCGCCUUUAACACAGCUUCCCACUCUGUGAAUACAUCAACUCCUUCCGUAGCACAAACCAGCUCAGAACACCUUGCAGGAGCCCCAAAUCCUCCCCAGAUCGAGAUGUCAGAAUCUACUGGAGGUACAGUUCAAGCACCAUCUUCCGGGGCCAGCAUCCAGUUUGGAUCUGCUCCUCCUUCAACUGCUCCCCAUCGCAGCACCUCAACCUUUCUCAACCCGCCGCAUGACGUUCACCAACCUACUUCAGGCGCUUCAUCUUCUGGAGCCUCGAGUUCGUCAAGCAACUUGGGCUCGCAUCACCACCCAGAGCGACGUCGAGUUCCUGCCAUUCGCCGCGCGUCCAGAAGACAAAGCCCUCUUUCUGACAGCGAUGUCGAUUCCGACCGAGGCGCGCUCGAACAGGUCAUAGCAUUGGCUGGAAACCCAACGCAAAUGGCACGUCAUAUCAUGACUCUGGAAGAAGACCACGUUCGGGCCGCCCAAUUCAUGCGUGGCUCUGUGACCACGAAAUAUGUGGCGUCUUCGUCGGCUAUCCAAUCUCUCCAGAGCGUUCCGAUUGCCGAGCUAUCAGAAAGCGAAAGAACCUGCGUCAUUUGCUACAACGAAUUCGGUGUAGAAACACCCGAGGGUGUCAAGGAGGCUCCACUCCGACUACCCAAAUGCAAACAUGUGUUUGGUGAUCACUGCAUCAAGAAAUGGUUUGAGGAGUCGGACAGUUGCCCUUACUGCAGAGAUAAGGUGCCGCACGAACCCAGGAUUACAUCCACACACCCAAACUUUGACCGGUACUACCGCAAUCGUGGACAUGUGAACCUUGGCGGCCUUGCUGGUUACGCUGGCUACAUGCGAGACAGGGACGCCAGUCUGGCACAGGAAGACUCAAACCGCUCGCAAGGAUCUGGAUCUAGCCAUGGUGAACGCCGCUCUCCCCCAACAGACAGUGGUGAAAGUCGGCGUAGGAUUCGACCUCGUACCGGUGUUCAAGGCCCAGGGUCACCAACUUUCAGCAGCAGCCGGCCUAGACCAGUGUCCAGCACAUACGACAGUAAUAGGAGAGCGCAUGCUGCUAUUCCUGCUCUGCUCCCACCUCGUGGAGCUUUCGCAUCUAACGGCUCCAGUCGUACGAACCACGGUGGCAUAUCACAGGUGUCCUUUUCCAGUUCCAACAUGCAUCAACACCAUCAUCAGGCGACUGGUUUUGCAGGUCUAGGAGAGACUGGGAGCGCCUCGACGCAGGGAGUUCCGAUACUCGCACGCCACCCUAACGGCGCUGCGCCAACCGCUCUCGGCGUGCCUGACGGGCUCCAUGGAAACGGAUAUCUGAACCCCAACAACCGAACCUCACUGCCGGCAGCCCUCCCGAGCGCUUGGAUCGGAGACCUAACAGCACCCGAAGAAAGCCAUCGGCGUAUGAUGGGUGGGGAGAAUGGUGUGUCACUCCAAGCCAACCCAUGGGUACGGGAAUAGGGAAGUCAAUAUGGACUUGGCGGCUGUGGACAGCGUAGGCGUGGACGGCGUGGGCAUUGGAAACGUAAUUGGCAUAUUGGAUAUGGGGGACAGUUUCACUAAUCAGUCUGCAAUCUUUUUUCGUGGAAAGGCUCGGUUCGGUAUGCAGGAUGACCUUUUACACAGAUCGGCCGCGGCGUUUAUUUUAUUAUUUUUUCGGUGGAAGUGGCGUUUCAGGGAACCAAGGAUCGUCAUCUUCGUGAUGGCAUGAUUCAGGAUUCAAAGUCUUUCGGUAGGAUUCACGAGGUCCGUUGGAUCUGUCUGGUUUUAAGGGCUGACCACUUGAGUGGCCAGCCCGAGUGCACACAUCAUCAACGCAUUUCUGGGGGG